AUGAAAAUGAAUCUGCAUCUUGCGGAGUACCCAUUCUCAGCGCAUCAUCAUCACGCAGUUGCCUCGAGAUCACCAUCGCAGUCGAGACGUUUGGUUUCCAACACACCGUCGAGGCGCACGUUAUCAUCGCGCAGGUCACCUACCCCUGUAUCCGUAGUACACAGCAUCGACUGUACUACGGAUACAGGGGUAGGACUUUUAGAGAUUGGUUAUGGCUGGGAUGACCACUUUGCUGGUAAAGAUGUCCAAGUGGAAUACGAUCGUGCAGGAUAUAAGCGGAUUUCACUCGCAGACGCGUCUAAACGUGCCUAUGCUACCACCGUCUACAUCUACAUUCUGACACGUCAUUCAGACGGCAAACCGCAGUCCACUUUGCUAUUUGCCAAAGCAAAGCUAGCCCCGAGAUUUAUCGCUGGUCUCUGGAGAGCAGACUACCCUCAACAACAAGAAGAUGUAAAAUUCAUCACUUAUGGCUGCUAUCACGUGCUCCCAGCAGUACCCAAUCUUUGA